AUGAAUGCUGAAGCGCAGGGGAACCCGCCCCAGGAAUGCAGCUCGUCUGCUGGCGGCAUUGGGACGAGCCCUUCAGUUCCUGCUCAGCCACCUAAUCACAUUCUUCGGCAGCUCGAUGCUGGACUUUUUUCUUCUUCGAUAACCACACCGGAUACGCCUCCACAAACUCAUACGCCUGGACCCGAGCAAGGAAAUCCCAUGUCUACAGGUUCUACUCCAGCUCCCCCUACGGAGGCGCCACCGAGUGCAAAGAUCGUAUCACUCGGUGUGGAAAAGAAUGACGAGAAGCAGCAGCCAGUCCUCGUCGUGGGGAUUAGCGCGCCAACGACAAAUGCACUACCUCCUCCUCCUGUCCAAGCAGGCUCUAGCGAAAUCUCGGGGUCUCAGAUCAAUCCUGCAUCGCUCCCGGUUGUAGGAUCCGGCGUGACGCCUACUCCCCCUUCUCAACGUCAGAUCUCGGAGCCUCAACGUCCACCGCCUAGCACCACUACGCAGCCUACUCGGCCUCAGUCUAUGCCCCCCGUUCCACAACCUAACCUUCCCAAUGCAACUCCUCCGAUUGCAUCUGCCGCUUCUAGAGGAGUGCCCAGCCAAGGGAGCCUUGCCUUCCCCACUCCAGACAAAGGACCGUACACGGCGGAGAACGUUGUGGCUGGCCUAGGCUUCCCGCUGUUGGACGACACCUCUAUCCCCGCUCAACUCUUGGCCGAUCAGUGCAAUGAAUUGUACAAUGUUAUUAUCAAGGUCACACCCCAGGCGCUUCGGCGCAUCGUUAGAGACACCUGGGAAAGAUCACUGGCGGGACACGAGGCUCACCUUUCCUUCGUGGUGAACGCGGCGUUGGAUCGAGCAACUCUAGGCACCGUAAAAACAACAGCGAAGCUCCUCGGAAACAAGUUUAUGAGAAUGGCAGGCACAGAAUUAUUAAGCCAAGCUACCCCUGAGAUCCUCGGUAAGGCGGAGGACCUCAUUGUUUCCAGUGCACCCGAUAGCCUUCUCGACAAGGCCAUGAGACGACGGUUAGACACUAUCAGUGCGAGGCCGCUGCUAAACAUGUUGGCGCGGGCUGAGCGUCUCGGUUAUGAUGCAAAUGACAUCAUCGAAGAUGGUUCUCAGGGAGCACCCGCGGUAGCCAAACCAGCGAAGACGGCAACAGCGCCGCCCCACGGCCAAGCCUCCCUCCCUUCCCCGAAUCCACCGGCGCAGCUUUCCAGCGCGUGUGCUCCUCUCUCCUGUCCACUAUGCCACCGCCAAUUCACUGCCGUGGCCGUGCGGGAUCACCACGUGAGAAAGAAGGUAUGCGCAAACCCGCCUACAAACUUCUCCUGUCCUCAGUGUGGCCAGUGCUUUUCGACGAAGUAUGGUGUCGACUAUCAUAUUCGGAAUGCGGUGUGUGGUAGCGAGCCAGGAACCCAGCGCGGCCGUGAUAAGAAUCGAUCCGGGUCGCCUAUCCUCAUUUCAUCCGGCGAAAGCAGCCCCGUCCCACAACCAGCGACGCUAGUUCCCCCACCCGUACCGGCACCGCCUUACGCACAACCACAAUCACAACCACAACCACAGCCACCUAACGCAACACCUGUAAUUACCAAAUCUCAAUAUCAGAACGGUAUCGGGGCGGCGCGAUCGCCUGCGCCCCCACAGAAUGCACCGAUACACCAUCCGCCCACCAGUGCGAUCCAGCAUGCAGCCCCGGCGUCUCCGGCCCAAGGGGCUGCGCGAAAACCGGCGACUCCAGGGCCUGCGACGACGUCGACAGGGCCAUAUGACCCCUAUGCUCAUCUAACUCCGGCAAAAAUGAGCGAACUGAAUGCUGAGCUCCUGGAAGCGGACCAGUCGUACGGUGAGAAAAUGCGCCAAGCACAGGCGGAAAUCACAGACAUGGCCCAGUUAAAGGUUCGGCUGGAUAAUCUGAAGAACAGCCUGGCCACUAAGCAGUCCAUGGUUCGCAAGAAGUACGGUGUCAGGUUGCGUGAGAGGCGGAGCAAGGCUGAAAUCGCAGAGCACCAUGCCCGGCUUCUUACCGGCACUCCGAGUGGUGCUACCACGCCAACCUCUUCGGAUUCGCACCGCAGCAAAAAAGCUCGCGUGAGCGCGGGUGGAGAUUCUCGCCCGACGCAGCUUGACGGCGCCGAGAGUGGCCAUCAUCGUGUACAGAAGACCCCAGCGCGCAGAACAGCGACGGCCGAUGUUGCUGCGCCGUUGAGCCAUUCUGGCUUGACGGGGACGCCAGCGGUUCCGGAGAGAGUCGAUCCGACUCGCGGCGGCACGUCUUCGUCGUUAGGUAGGCCGCCAUCCCAUCGCCGCAGCGCUCGUUCUAGUCAACUAGUGAUCCCCCCGGCGACCCCGAAGCGCCUCCGGACUGAAGGCCCUGCUGUAGCGACUCCGUCGACAUUGAAGUGGCCGGUGAAGCCGCCACGGUUGUCUCAGAGUGCUGCUGGUGGAGGGUCCGAUAGUGACUCAGAUUCGGGGUCAGACGUGGAUAUGAUUCCCGCGCAGCUCCCACCUCCCCCUAGUCGGUCUAAUCGACUUUAA